AUGCGCUGGAAGGUCCGCCCAUCACGCAACGUCGCGCCGCCCCCCUGUGCCGCCGAGCUCACCGCUGUGCUCGCGUGCUUUGCGGCCACGUCCGACCUGCGCGCCCAGGGCGAGGGCACCAAUGGGUGCGCAAGUGCCGCGCGCCAGCUGCAUGCGUGCAUGAAGAAGGGCGGUGGCUCUGGAAAGAGGCAGGGCUCCUCUAUCAACUACCUCCUCUCCCGCGUCAAGUAA